AUGCACACCGACAAUGGGAAAUCCUCAGCCAUUGACCAAGUCGAUCCGGUCACAGGCGACACCAAAGACUUGCCCUCGAGCAGCUCUUCCCCCGUGCACGCUGCGCCUGAGGUCAUCGGGAUCAACGAUAGAGCGCCUGACGAAAGGACUGGAGAGAAUGCAGACGAGAUCCAGGCGAGCCAGGGAGGCUGGUUUGCAUACUUGAGGACGAGAAACUUUUAUCUCGUACUUCUGCUUGGACAAGUCCUCGCUCUCUGCAUCACAGCAACGAACACAUUCUCUUCGCUACUUGCUGCGCAACCCUUUUCCAUCCCUGCGUUUCAGACAUUGUGGAAUUACAUCCUUCUUACCCUGGUCUAUGGCUCGUAUACAAUCUACAGGUAUGGCUGGAAGGGAUGGAUCAAGCUCAUGCUUAAGGAUGGUUGGAAAUACAUUAUCCUGGCAUUUCUGGAUGUCGAGGGGAAUUACUUCACUCUCAUUAACUUCUGGGCUAUCGUAAUGGUCGUCCUCAUCUCCUCGAUAUUCCUCCAUGUCCGCUACCACCCCACCCAAAUCAUCGGCAUCCUCAUCUGCAUCGGCGGCGUCGGCAUUCUCUUCGGCAGCGACCAUAUCACACAAGGUUCCGGCUUCGGCGGCGUCACCGGAGGCAACCAGCUCAAAGGCGAUCUGUUUGCGUUGGUGGGCGCCACUUUCUACGGCAUGAGUAAUGUGGCGGAGGAGUUCUUGGUCAGCAAGAGACCGCUUUACGAGGUCGUCGGCCAGCUGGGGUUCUGGGGCAUGUUCAUCGACGGGGCCAUGACGGGCAUCUUUGACCGACCGAGCUACAGACAGUCCGUCUGGAACGACGGAAAAGUCGGAGGGUACCUGACCGGGUAUACGCUCUGCCUGCUCCUCUUCUAUUCGGGCGCUCCGAUCAUGUUCCGCCUCGCGUCGGCGGCGUUCUUCAACAUCAGUCUGUUGACCGGCAACUUCUGGGGCGUGGUCAUCGGGGUCAAGGUCUUCCACGAACGGAUACACUGGAUGUACCCCAUCGCGUUCGUGUGCAUCAUCGGCGGGUUGAUCGUCUACUUUGUCGGCAAGAGCAUUCUGGGGGAGGCGCUGAAGCCCUGGCUCGGCAAGGAUCAGGAGCGGGGUGUCAACGGGUUGGGCACCGCGAGGCGGAGGGUGGAGAGGGGGGAUGAGCUUGUUGUUUGA